UGCUGAGAAAAAAUGGCUGAAACUGCUCCAGCUCCCGCUCCGGCUAAAGCUCCUAAGAAGAAGUCUGCGUCUAAGCCCAAGAAAGCGGGCCCAAAUGUCCGCGACCUCAUCGUCAAGACUGUGACCGCAUCCAAGGAGAGACACGGCGUGUCUCUCGCAGCCCUGAAGAAGGCUCUCUCUGCCGGCGGCUAUGAUGUGGAGAAGAACAAUUCCCGCGUUAAAACCGCCGUCAAGGCCUUGGUGCUCAACGGUACUCUGGUCCAGCCCAAAGGCACAGGCGCCUCCGGUUCAUUCAAACUGAACAAGAAGCAAGCCGAGCCCAAGAAGGCAGCUAAGAAAACAGCCGUGAAAGCCAAGAAGCCUGCUGCCAAGAAACCCGCAGCUAAGAAAUCUCCCAAGAAGGCGAAGAAACCGGCGGCCACAUCUGUGAAGAAGGCGACAAAGAGCCCCAAGAAAGCCAAGAAGCCAGCGGCUGCCAAGAAGGCGACCAAGAGCCCCAAGAAGGCAAAGAAACCAGCAGCUGCCAAGAAAGCAGCCAAGAGCCCCAAGAAGGUGAAGGCAGUUAAACCCAAAACUGCUAAACCCAAGGCGGCGAAGCCUAAAAAGGCGGCUCCCAAGAAGAAGUAAUCGUCUCUGCUCGAUUCUUCAACAAAACCAAACGGCUCUUUUAAGAGCCACCCACAUAAUAGUAAAGAGCAUUUUCAAUUAGUUUUCAGUU